CAAUAACUAUGAUGACCUGGAGCAAUGCCACCGUAUACUUAUUCAUAUUGGUGAUGCACCACUGUAUGGUCGUCGUUUUAGUAACUUCUAUGACAGGUACCCAAACGGUGGUUCGAAUGGUCUAACUGCUGAAA